AUGGGUUGCAUCUCGAAUUCAGCACGAAAAGGGACAGUUACUAAAGCAAAUAAAUCGCAAGAGUCAAAAGUUGUUUCAAGUACUGAGGACCUUCAAAUCCAACCCAGACAAUUUGUCGUCCAUAGGGAAACAGAUAUUUUAAAAGACUAUACAAUGGGACCUAAGCUGGGAUCAGGGGCAUUUGGGUCUGUAAGAGUGGGGACACAUAAAAUAUCAGGACAGCAAAGAGCAAUAAAAACUAUUAUACCAUUACAAUUAUAUAUGAGUUUAAAUAGAAAAAUUAUUUUUUUUUUCGCCCAUUUUAGCAAUAAAAAGCAAAAAAAUCCAGCAUCUCUGAAGACCAGCUUGUAAAAGACAAAUUCUUCGCUGAAGUAGAAGUCCUAAAAACAGCCGAUCAUCCUAACAUUGUUAGACUUUAUGAAUUCUAUGAAGACCAGCUGCAUUUUCAUUUAGUUACAGAGCUUGUAAAAGGAGGAGAAUUAUUCGAUUAUAUAGUGUCAAGUAAAAACUUAUCCGAGCCAGUUGCUGCACAUUUUUUCAAACAAAUUUUAAGUGCAGUCAAUUCUCAAUAAUUUUUCAAUAUUUUUUUUAUAAAAAAUAUUUUUAAGAAAAAAAUAUAGCUCUUUCCCUUGAAUAGCCCCCGAUAACGGGAUGAAGCCAGCCCGUUAUCGGGCUAUUCAAGGGAAAAGUGCUAUAAAUAAAAAUGCAGUCAAUUAUUGUCAUUCAAAUGGGAUUGUACACAGAGACCUAAAACCUGAAAAUCUAUUAUUAGACCGACAAGACUCUUCUGCAACUUUAAAAGUCAUCGAUUUCGGAACUUCAAUAGUAAUUGACCAUUCUAAAAGAUUAACGCAUAGAUAUGGAACUUCAUAUUACAUCGCACCUGAAGUAUUAAAAAAAAAUUAUGACGAAAAAUGCGAUAUAUGAAGCUGCGGGGUAAUUUUAUAUAUUUUACUCAGUGGGAAACCCCCGUUUUAUGGAGAAACAGAUUCAGAAAUCCUAUCAAGGGUAGAAAAAGGGGUAUACCAAAUGAAAGGUGCCACCUGGGACCGUGUCUCAGUAAAUGCAAAAAACCUCAUAAAAUCAAUGCUAAAUAUGAAACCUCAAGACAGACCUUCAGCAUCCCAAUGCUUAGAAAGCAACUGGCUGAUUUUAAUGCCAGAAGCCACCAACCAAGCAUCAAUUUUGACAGCAGAAGCCUUAGAAAACUUAACCUCAUUUCGAGCAGAAAAAAAGCUCCAGCAUGCAGUCAUGACAUUUAUAGCUACACAGCUUAUGAAUAAAAAUGAAGUUUCCCAGCUUUCUCAAGCUUUUAGAGCUCUUGAUGCAAAUGGUGACGGAAAACUUAGCAAAGAUGAGCUAUUAGCACAAUAUCAAAGUACUAUGGGACUAAACCAAGCUGAGGAAGAAGUAGAAAGGAUAAUGAAAGAAGUCGAUGUAGAUGGGAAUGGGUUUAUUGAUUACUCAGAGUUCAUUAUGGCUUCAGCAAAAAGAGAAUCUCUGCUUUCUAAGCAAAAUUUAGAAAAUGCGUUCAGACUGUUUGAUUAUGAUAAUAGUGGAAAAAUUUCUGCAAAAGAAAUUAGGAAUAUCCUUGGAAGAGAAGUGAUUUCUAAUGAUGAAGUUUGGAGAGAUCUGGUAGGGCAAGUUGAUCAAAACGGAGAUGGAGAAAUCGAUUUGAGGGAAUUCAAAGAAAUGAUGUUAAAGUUAUUUUAA